AUGAAGACACUUCAAGCCAUCUGUCUCCUCGCCCUCAGCAAGGGCGUACUCUCCACACUGGUUCAGGAACCUUUGGGAUUCGAACCAUCUUUCGACCAAGUCGUUGCUCAUGAAAGCGAUAGUUCCCCACCCCCCAAGCAGAGAAGUCCCUCAUUCCAAGAUCCAUUUGAGCCACCAGCGGCUGGUGGAGGCCGUGAUCCUUGGGUGCUCAAUCUUUUACAAUUGACUGGUGAAGGUGAUGAUGAGGAGAAUGAAGUUGAAGAUGUAGACGAAGAUACUGGUUUCCCGGUUGUGCAUUUGGACUACGUCUCCCACAGAGCUACAACAUACCACAAAAAAGGAGAGUACUACACUUACAAAAACAUUCGUUACGCUGCUCCUCCUACUGGAAAGCGUCGAUUCGCUGCUCCACAGCCUCCGCUUGUGCAGGAAGGAAUCCAGACAGGUGUAAAGGGCCACUCAUGUAUUCAGGAAAUUCCAGACUGGAUCUCGAACGUGACGAUUGCUCGAUGGAUGAUAAAGAACGCAAUCUUCGGUGGUAUAAAUGAUAAUGAGGACUGCUUGUUUCUAGAUGUUGCUGCUCCCAAAAAUGCAACAAAGGAAUCUAAGCUGCCGGUUAUUGUAUGGAUCUAUGGAGGAGGCUACAUUUUCGGAAGGAAGGAUUGGUACCCCUACAAUCCUACGGGGAUGAUGAGGAGAACUGAGGGAGGUGUGGUGUAUGUUGCUAUGAAUUACAGGAUGGGAGCUUACGGCUUCAUGGCGGGACCUCUAUUUUCGCAAGAAAGGAAAGAAGGUGUUCUCGACGCCGUUUCUAACGCCGCUCUCCACGAUCAAAGAUACGCGCUACAUUGGGUCCAAAAAUACAUUGCGGAGUUCGGUGGAGACCCUGAUAAUGUCACCAUUAUGGGCGAGAGUGCAGGUGGAGGAUCAGUCCUCCAUCAGAUGAUCUGGCGAGAUAAGGAAGAGGAGAAGGCACCCUUCAAGAGAGCGAUCCCGCAAAGUCCGGGUUGGGUUCCGAACGCUGGAGGAUUUAAAGCAGCAGAUGAUCUCCAGGACGCCACUUACAAGAGAUUUCUGAAGGAAACUGGGUGUUUUAACCUCGCAUGCCUGAGGGCUGUACCUUCUUGGCUGCUUAAGAGGGCGAAUGAGAGGUUGAUUAGAGAUUCACCACACGCCGUCGAUGGGAAGCAUAUCACCGAUCUUCCCGGAAGGAUGCUCAAGGACGGGAAAUUCAACAAGGACCUCGAUGUCUUGGUUGGUGGUGUCGGAAUGGAGGGCGCUGCAUUCGCAGAUAAAUCAGUGGACAGCGAGGAAAAGCUAGAGACCUACCUCAAAUCUAAUCUUCCUCUUUCAACACAGGCAACCCGCGAUACUAUCAAAGAAAUGUACCCUCUCUCUAGGUACAACGGCAACUGGACCGCCCGUGUCAUCAAUCUCGCCGGUGAAUCUUUCAUCGAUUGCAAUGCCUACAUGCUUGGUGAAGCUUAUGGCGGCAAUUCAUACCACUACAUGUUGAACAGGACAUUCGUCGACGAAGUUGAACCUGCAGGUCACGGUGCAGAUGUUAAAUAUACGUUCUACAACAACUGGCCGUUGGUUGGAAAGGCUAAUUCAUACAUCGCGCUGGCGAUGCAAGCUUUCCAAGUGGAUUUCUGGUCGACUGGUAACCCGAAUGCGAAUAAACCGGAAUGGGCAGAGCCAAUGCCAAAGUGGGGAGAUAAACAUGAGAUUCUGCAGUUUGAUGGAAAGACUUGGGUUACUACUGGAAAAAUUGAUGAUGAGACUAUGAAGAGAUGUGAAUGGUGGUCCCAUGGGUAUUAUGCUAACCCAGAUGAUCAUGAAUCAUCAAACGAAAAGGAGUUGAAGUAA